AUGGGCCGAAAGCCCAGCAAUGUGUACGACUUCUUCACCCGGCUGGAGCCCGAGACCGGUCGCAAGGGGCUCGUGCGCUACCAAUGCAAGAAAUGCGACAAGCAGUAUGCGAGUAAUGCCACGCGGUUGGCGGAACACCUCAAGAUGUCGUGUGUACCGGGUUUCCAGACCAACCAACGCUCCCGUAGGUCAAUGGCUGCCGCAUCCUCCGCUCCUGCUACCGAUUCGCUCCACGAGACAAAAGCUGAAGACGAGCCCGAGGAGCCCGAGGAGCUUGAGGACUCGACUGACAGCAUGGCGGCCACGGUGGCGUCACUCGCCGUGCCAACGUCCAGUCCUGAUACCUUCUCAUCCUCUGGAGUGGAGACGGCUCAGUCGCUGGCCCUCAAGCGGGCUGACCAGCAACUGCUUACCAACAUGUUGGAGUCAGAGGCUGAGCCUCCUCAGGACCAGACCGAGGUGCUGCUUCGAUUGGCCAAACUAUCUACCUGUGUCAUUGGCGACGCAAUGGCGGUGAUGAAGAUUAAAGGGCAUUUGGUGGAUCUGGACCUGGUUCGGGGGUAUGAUGCUCCCUUAGCGAUGAACAUCUGCGGACCGGCGUUGACAGUUAAGAUGAUGCCAAUUACUGGAGCCACAGUCGGUACUGGGUCUUAUGACUACAUGGACGCAGCAGAGAUGGGUCAAGUGGUGGUGAUCAGUGCUCCGUCAGGCAUUUCGACGGCCGUGUUUGAUGGAAUAUUGGCAACAGCGCCGAAAGCACGAAACGUGGCCGGUGUUGUGACGGACGGCCGUGUGCGAGAUGUGCAGGAAUUGUGUGCAAUGAACUUCCCCGCGUUCGCAACGGGCACGUCGGUGCAUGGAGUGUGGGGGUCAACCACAAUCGGAGAUGUGAACUGCCCCAUCGUCGUUGCAGGAUGCGUGGUGCGUCACAACGACAUCAUCCGUGGCGAUAUCAACGGUGUGAUUGUGAUCCCUGCUGAACGUGCACAAGAUGUCGCCACCCGAGCGGAGAUUAUCGAGGAUCAAGACAGAUAA